AUGGAACGUUAUCCUUGUGUCAACAGAUACAAGUACACCGUGAAUUGUUCAUCUUGGGUUUGGGUAUACCGUGCUCGGUGCGAGGACUGCGUAAUAGUAAGCAUCUUGGGGAGACAGGAUAUUGAAGGAAGAUUCUGA